AAAUGUGCAAAUGACAAUUCUUUCUUGUUAUUUUCCAAAAAAAAAAAAAAAAUACUUGUAGGGGUGUCCAGGCUAGAUUUUUUUUGAGUCGAUUAGCUAAAAAAACCACAAAAAAUUGAAAAUUAAGUAAAUACAUAUGAUGUAACAAGUUUUGUGUCUAUCAACAAAUACAUGAUGGUGUGGGAUUUAUGGUAUUAACUUAAUUAAAGAAAAAGUUGUAUAUAUAGGAUGUAAUUUCACUUUUUUUUAUAAUUAUAAUUUAAAUAUACAUUUUUGCUGCUAAUAUGUAUUUAAUGUGAUUUUAUAAAUAUAAAACUAUGGGAGACAAGAAAAUCCAGCGCCUUUAUCAUCGGAAAAUUAAAGAUUUAACUAAGACUAUCUUCGUCCCUACUCCAUAAUUUAUUCCAAAAAUGGAAUGGAAAAUAGAGCAUGAACAAAAAAAAAAUUAUUCCAUAAAUGAAGUGAUUUUUUUAUACUCAAUUUUCCACUUCAUUUAUAGAGUAAAUUAUGGAGUAGGGAUGGGGAUACCCUAAAAGAAUGAGGGUAUAAUAAAGAGAAAACGUUGAGUUUUGAAACCUAGAUUACAAAUUGAGAUGUACCAUAUGGAGAUAAGAGAUCGGGUUAAUCCAAAGAAAAAAUAAAUUCAGCCAAUAUAUAUAUACAAGGCCGGCUUAAGGGUAGGGGCAAAGGGCGCGAGCUUCAGGUCCAAUUUGUUUUUGUAAAAAUAGUAUUAGUAAGGAGCCCAUUUAAAAAAAAAAUUAGGAAUAGUGGCCCAAAUUUUUUUAAGCUAUCUAUAAAUAUAUGUUAAAAAAAAAAAUUAUUUUGCCCAAGGGUCCAUAAUAUCUUUGAGCCGGCCAUUUAUAUAUAUAGUAUAAUUUUCUUAUAUAUAUAUAAAUCCUUAUAUAUAUUACUAUUUUAUCUUUUCUAUUUGCUUCAAAUUUUAUGUUAUAUAUUUCUAUAUAAUGUUUUAGCUUUUAAUCCUCAAAUAAUAUGUUAGUAAUAUCUAUAUAUAUUUAUUGUUUUAGUACAUAAUAUCUGCAUAGAUUUUCAAAUUUAUAUUCUUGAAAUUUACUUAAUUUGUUAACUAACUUCUAAAAUUUAGUUUUUACAUUACAUAUAUAAUAUUUUAUUAAAACAAAGUCUUUAGAGUUUAGACAAUUGGUUACAUAUAUGUUUAUACUUAUGGGACUUUUCCCGCUAUUUCAUCUUUGAGGAUUAAAAGACUAAUGAUCAUCCUAAAACGUUAAAAGAUGAAUUUGUGUCAGUGAUUUUGACUUGUAUGAGAACAGAAGAUAUAUUAGACCAAUACGGGAACAAAUCACUCAAUUUUUAAGAUAGAGCAUAAACAGCUUAAGUUUGAUAUUUUUCUAUGUAUGUCCCUAACCAAUUACUAUAUAUUUUUUCCUUUUCUAUCUUUUGGCUACUUUUUUUCUUUAAGGACGCUGGUGUGAAGUGAACCAAGGAUUUUAUUAAUCAUCAAAAGCGCAUUUGAGUACAUUAAUCCAAUACAUAUACUUCAAUAAUGUUUAAAAUUUGGGUUCUAUAAGUACGACACACACGACCACUACACGCGUGGGAUUCACAUAAUCAUAAGAACGAAGCAAUCGUAUAAAGAGAGAGAAACAAAUUGACUUUCACACCAACGUGCGUCCAUGCAAAUCAGUCAUGCUACCAACACGCAGGAAUUAACACACACAUCUAUAUAGCUUCACGUAUUAGAGAAUGAAGAUGCGUUCAAAGGUUUAUAGGUACAAAAACGUAACGGAGAGAGAUUUAAAGAUGGGGGCAAAAACACAAAAUUCUAGAGGGAAAAUCUUCAUGGUCUAUCUAAUACUAAUCUCAUUAUCACUUGUAGGUUUGAUAGUAUCCUUUAAACCCUUUUCUAUUUCAAACCAAAUCAUCACUUCUCCAUCGUCGUCCGAUAUACGGAUUGAUCUUCCUGCCCCGGUAGUCAGCAAAAACCCAAGAUGGCUCCGACUUGUCCGUGACUAUCUACCGGCAAAGAAACUCCGAAUAGGCUUCCUUAACAUCGAAGAGCAAGAGCGUGAGAGCUUUGAGGCUAAUGGUCCGUCGAUUAUGGAGAACGUCCACGUGUCGCUUGAUCCUCUACCGGUGAGUCUUACUUGGAAUAGUCUCUUCCCGGAGUGGAUCGACGAGGAAAAUUCUCAAUGCCCGGAGAUCCCUCUCCCUAAGCCCGAAGGUUCCAGUGCUGACGUGGAUGUCAUCGUUGCAAAGGUUCCGUGCGAUGGUUGGUCGGAGAAUAAAGGACUAAGGGAUGUUUUCAGGCUUCAGGUUAAUCUGGCUGCGGCGAAUCUAGCCGUCAAGAGUGGGUUGACGAAGGUUGAUUCGACGGUGUACGUUGUGUUCGUCGGGUCAUGUGGGCCCAUGCAUGAGAUCUUCAAGUGCGAUGAGCGCGUGAGGCGCGUGGAUGACUAUUGGGUGUAUAAGCCUAAUCUCCCAAGGUUGAAGCAGAAGCUUCUCAUGCCUGUUGGUUCAUGUCACGUUGCUUCUCCAUUUGCUCAACUUGGCCAAGAAGCAUGGAGACCAAAAAAUAAAGAUAAUCUUACAUCUGUUGCAAUCCGUAAGCAUCGAGUGGCCUACGUGACGGUACUACACUCGUCCGAGGCCUAUGUCUGUGGGGCAAUAGCCUUAGCACAAAGCAUAAGACAAUCAGGAUCGAAUAAGGACAUGAUUCUCCUCCACGAUCGGUCCAUAACAAACAGGUCCCUUAUCGGUCUCAGCUCCGCGGGUUGGAAUCUGCGGCUGAUUGACAGAAUCCGCAGCCCUUUCGCGGAGAAGGACUCUUACAAUGAAUGGAACUACAGCAAAUUGCGUGUGUGGCAAGUAACUGACUACGAUAAACUUUUGUUCAUAGAUGCAGAUUUUAUCGUCGUCAAGAAGCUUGAUCAUCUCUUCUACUAUCCCCAAUUCUCAGCUGCAGGCAACGACAAAGUGUUAUUCAACUCCGGAAUCAUGAUUGUCGAGCCAUCAGCAUGUCUUUUUAAAGAUCUAAUGGAGAAAUCCUCCAAGAUAGAGUCAUACAAUGGAGGAGACCAAGGAUUCCUCAAUGAGAUUUUUGUAUGGUGGCACAGGUUAUCGAAACGCGUGAACACAAUGAAGUACUUUGACGAAAAUUUUAAAGGAACACGCGAUCUUCCAGAUGAUCUAGAGGGUGUGCACUACUUGGGGCUGAAGCCAUGGGUAUGUUAUAGAGACUAUGAUUGCAAUUGGGACAUGAGUUUAAGGCGCGUGUUUGCCAGCGAUUCAGUGCAUGAAAAAUGGUGGAAAGUUUAUGACAAAAUGUCAGAGCAGUUGAAAGGAUAUUGUGGUUUGAAUAAGAAAAUGAAGUAUAGGAUUGAGAAGUGGAGGAAAAUCGCUGAGAACGAUAGUCUGCCUGAUAGGCAUUGGGAGAUAGAAGUGAAAGAUCCUAGGAAGAAUAACCUUGUCCAGUGAGAUUGUUUCGUCUUUGAUUUUAUUCAAAACUUGGGAAGUAAGAAUGAAGAACCUUCUGAUUCGAGAAAAGCGUUUUCGCUUCUGUUUUUUUUUUGUCGCACAGGGUUUAAGUUCUGUAAUUUUCAAAGUAUAGCGGAGAAUUUUGGUACGACAAUGUGUAGAAUCUUACAUUGAACUUCAUAUUGAUUUGCUUAUAUAAUCACCAAUCGUGUUGAUUCGUGAAUAAUUAAACAUCUUCUCCAUUUAUUUUGCUUCUUUAGAUUUGGUAUUAUCAUGUAAUAUUUUUUUAAAGAAUAUUGUUGUAGGGAUUUCAGUCUUUCCAAAAAGUCUAUCAUACAACGAAUUUGACCGGUUAUUUCUUCCGAGUUUAUGUUCCUUGUAGAAGAAAAACUUGUUGAAAGGAAAAUAGAAAAAGAAAAAUUUCUAUAAAAAUAUUCCAACCAAUUUUCUUUAUUUUUUUAAUACCUAAACUUUUUUACUACGCAGUUUGAUACUUCCAGUAAUUAUUUUAUUCAUUUUAAUGCAUUGGCUUUAAAACAGUGCUCAUUUUAAUAUUCAAAGUAUGUUUAUUUUAAUCAAAAAUAUUAAUAAUUUUUAAACAAAUGUGAAAAUAAUCUUCCAGAUUCAAAAAUAAAUCUUAAAAUAAUUAAUUUUAAAUUUUAGGAGUAAAAGUAACUAAAUUUUGGAUGAAAAUUUUAAAAUUUAGAAAAACUUAAUUUUGAACUAAAAGUAAAUAAAUAUAUUUAAAGUUUCAGAAAAUAAUUUAAUUUUGAUAUUAAAAUUAAUAAAUUAAAAAAUUAAGGUUAUCCAUAAUUUAGUUUUUUAUUCCUAAAACUUAAGAUAAAAUUAGAAACAUUUUAGAUUUGUUUUGGAUUUUGAAGAUUUUAUAAAUUUUGUUUUAAAUUUUUUAAUAUUUUUGAUUAAAAUAAGAAUAGUUUUAGUAUUAAAAUGAACUGUGUUUUAAAGUCAGUAUAUUAAAAUUAAAAAAAUAACCUGUUGAGUUAUUAAAUUGGGUAGUAAAAAAAUUGGGCAUUAAAAGGUUAAAAAACUAGUUGAGAUAUUUUAAUAGAAUUUUUCCAAAAAAAAUUGACUAAAAAGAAAAAGGAUUUAGUUGAGGUAAAAAGUUUUCAAUGUUGCAUGCAAUCCAUCCCGAAACGUGUCUUUUUUUUUAUCCAUCCCGAAACGUGUAUUUAAUAGGGCGUAACCAUGAAACCGUAUGUGCGACUUGUGUGCAGCAAGUGAUAUCUUCGUAAACCUAGGCCAAGUUUUGUGGGACAAGGUGUAUCUAUUCCAGUGUGUUUGCCGCCGAUCCAUCUCCGAUCUUGGCUAAAAUAAGAUAUAUUCUCUACCAUCCCAUAUUAGUGUAGCAUUUUUAUUAUGGAUGGUUUAGUUUCGAAGUAUGAUUUGUCUCAGUGGAUCAAGUUUAACUGAUGUCAUAUGUGUUAAUUAUUUUAUUUUUUGUUUAAACCGGAAAUAGAGAUUUACAUGAUUUAAUUGUUAAUUAAACCGAUUGAUUUUAAAAUUAGUGGGAUGUAUGCUUAGCAUCACAUACUUCACUACAUGUCUAUCUCAUACUUCACUAAAGGUUUAUUUGUUAUGAUUUCCUCGUUUUCUUCUUUUUCAAGUGAAACUGAAGAGUUAAUGAUACAUGGACGGUGUGUUUUGGGAUCGUCGUAUUUUAUUUUUGUUUUCCGAUUUAUUCAGCUUAAUUUUAGAUUAAAUUCUAUUUAUUUUAAAUUUAUUAAUUAUUUGAUUUAAUUCAGUUAUUUGAAUUAUUGAUAAUUAGUGACACGGAUAUAUGCUUGUGUUCGUAUGUCAUUGGAGAGUUAGUUUUGGAUUUACACAUCUCCGCUAAACAAAACAGUGAAAUUAUAGAUAAAAGAAGACAAACAUACAAUUUUUGUAUAAAAAAGUUAUUUUUUAGCAAGGAAGGUAGUAAAUUAAAAUUUCGUUUCCGGAUAAAGACUUUGAUAAAGAAAAUGUCAAUAAUUUAUUUUAGUUGUUUUUAGUAUAUGACGUAUAAUUCUGUAAUAAUUUUGCCUUCAAAUUUUAACAGAAAUUUAGUCGACAAAUUAACCAACUCAACAAUAUCUUGAAUAGCCUAAUCUCGAAGCACUUUGUUUGGUUCUAAUUUACUAGCUUAGCUUGUCUAGUUGUCUGGUCAGUUUGGUCUAAUGCAAAGUCCUUUUGGCAAAAAAGAGUCCUUCACGUUUCGGUCACAAAUUAGGAAAAAGUCAAUUCCAUCAAAUCAUAGUCGACGUCUUCAUUCUUUUAUUAGUGAAACUAUCGAUAUUUACAUUCCUUUUUUCUUUCAAUUUCGGUUCUUCAAAGUUAUAAUGUCACUUGUUGUAAAGUUAGGCUCAAUUUGCUGAAUAUUCAUAAAGGAUUCACCCAUUUUACGGUGUUUUUUUGAUGUGACAAUUGUAAGCAAAAUUGUACCACUUUUUUUUUAACAGCGCGUCUAUUAUGUAUACGCAAAACAAAAAGUAAAACUAUACUGUUUUUGGAAGAGAAAUAGUAUACAUUGAUCUAUAUAUUGUAUACUAUUUAGAAGAGAAGGACGAGACAUGAGGAUAUAGGAGGAUGAAGGAUGAAAGAGGAAGAGAAAGAAGGAGAAGAGAACGGAGGAAGACGAAGAUUUUAAGGUUCUAUACUAUGUUCAUAAAAUAUUAUAGUAUAUUCAAUAAGUACAAUAAUCGUUACAAAUUUUUUUUUGUCUAUUUCACCUGAGAUAUGUUGUUCUUUGUAUAUAGUAAAAUUUGAGAAAAGAGAUUUCAAAGUAAUAAGAUUGUCAAGGAAUUACACAUAUUAUACUGUUAGCAUAUUGUUAUUUAUUAUAAAAUUAUGUUUCUAUUCUAUGUUUUUUAUAGAAUAUUACACAACAAAACUAACUAUGAAAAAAACAAAACUAUAAUUUUAUGAAAAAUAUAUGUCCAUUUAAGAAAAUUAAAUUACAGCAUACACAGAAAAAUUUCUACAUUUUUAUCAGCAUAAUCAUUUGAAUGGUUUAUAUUUAAUUAGAAAAAUGCAUAUCAAAUAAAAUGAUAGGGGGAAA